AAAGAGAUCAAGAUUAUUUAAAAAAGAAAUCAGAAAUUAAAAUGUCAUAACACACACAAGCAAGAAGCUUAUUCAUACCUCACAAAUUGAAAUGUUAGUUCACUGUGUGUCUGUGUUGCUUUGUGCAUACGUGUGAACACACACUUCCUGUUUGACAUGUUUUACCAGGUGUGUCACAGCAUGAAUAUACUGGGUGAUUCAACCUGUCCCGGUUUCAUUUUGCGAUAGUGUGACUGUCUAUACAGGUGUGGGCUGGCUGGCACUGACUUGCGCAGGUAUGAAGAGGAAUCCAGCACAGUCCUGAGAGAGGAGGGAAACUACAGCACUUCUGUGACGGGACCUCUAAUUUCUCUCAAAAAUAAGGGGGGGAAUAGUCGCACACACAGAUACCUGUACAGGUGGAAGAAGAAACCCUGGGAACGAGGAAAGGCUGUUUUGGAAGGAGAAAGACAGGAGAAUACUUCAGAAUGUGAAAUAACCCGGAGGAGAUUCUUCAACUGCGGUUCGACCAAUGGGUCUGGGAUUCCAAUGUGGCAUUUCAGGCUCUGGGAUGUACAAGAUGUUGCUGUUUUUCUCAGCAUCACAUUAUAUAUGUGUCACCUAGCUGAAGCCAUCUCCAUUCAGUCUCCCCAGAGGAGCCUGACCAGGUCGGUGCAGGAGGAUGUGUUUUUCUCAGUGGAUGUUACGUGUUUUGGGAUCCCCACCAUACAAUGGACCUUUAUGUCAGGGGCGGUGAGCCGCACCAUAGGGACUUGGCAGUCGGGGGUGUACACCAACAUAACAGAGGAUUACAGCAGCAGAGUGCAGUCCUUCAACAAUGGCUCAAUGGGCCUGUCAGACCUGCAGCUGCAGGAUGCUGGAUACUACGUGGUCACUGUCACAGACACGGCAGGAAGCAGCAAGGACGCUGGCUUUGUCCUGAAAGUGAACGAGGUGCUGUAUGAGGAUCUCCAGUACCUGUCUGUCUCUGCCUUAGCACUGGCCUUUGUGGCUGCCCUUCUCAUGCUGGCCACAUGGCUACUAGACAAGGCCUACAGGAAGAUAGUUGCAUGUAGACGCAGGAAAGAGAUGCCAGAAAAUGACGCAACAGAGCUGCAGCCCCUCUGAAGGACGUCUGGCUGUGCUUUGUACCUGGCAGGGAAACACCAGAGACUGUUCAUCGAACAUAAGGACUGCUUUUUAAAUAAAAAUGUUUAAGUUAGAUGUGUACAUAAAAUAACAGAGUUACUGUCUAAGCAAAUUAA